AUGCCUCGAUUUAAGUUAUCGAGGCCCGCCAGUCUUGCGGACGCGUUCAACAGGGUUUCUCUUAUCCUCACACUGGCUGUUGUGACUGCUACGUUGUACCGACACCACCUUCACAACGCUGCAGACCCAUACAAAUGCGAUGCCCUCAUCAAUCACGGCCAAUGGCUCGACUCACCGGAUCGCGAACCUGAACACAAACCCUUCACGAGCUGGCAGCCCCCAGGAUGCAUGCUUCACGAAUACACGGCCGAGGAGGUUGCAAGUUGCAACGAUGGGGGAAAGAUACUUUUUGUGGGCGAUACGGGGACCCGCCAGGUCUUCUGGGCCGCCGCGCGGAAGUUGGACAAGAACUGGGUCUUCAAGGAGCAGGCUCAACUCAACACCCAUGGUGACAUUGAAUACUGCAAGGCUAGCGCCUGCCUUAAGUUUCUCUGGGACCCGUGGCUGAACACGUCUGCGCUCCACGAUGAAUUGAGGGUGUUCCGAGCACGUCAGGACCCAGAAGCAACUUCAGCUCCCAAAUCCGUGCCAGGACUCAACAUGGGCACGAGAAGAUCCGUGGCCAUUCUGAUUGGGGGCGGGUUGUGGCACGCUCGACACAUCCAAAUUGGUUCGCUGAGGUUCUUCCAGGAUUCGGUCAACAACAUCACGGCUUCUGCAUACUCGCCAGGGACAAUGGCGAGUAUACGCAACAUCCCGAUUUCCGGCAAGGAAGGUAUUCACGAUCAGAUCUUCUUUGCGGCCGUACUAGAACCACAGUACGAAAAGCUCAGCCCAUCUAGGCAAUUGACUAUUAUCCCGGAGAAGAUCAAUGAGAUGAACGACUACCUCGAGCAGCUCUCUCUCCACCAAGGUUUAAACGUGCUAUGGAGCUAUGCUGAUAUGACAAGAGGGAUUCCAGAGACUUACGGCGAGAGUGGACUACACGUGAUUGAGAAUGUUGCUGGUAGAAUGGCAGAAGUUCUCCUCAACCUCCGAUGUAAUGCUAAAGCUGCCUAUCAAGACGGAUACCCCUUCGACCGAACAUGCUGUAGCAACUACAGGCCAACCAACUGGAUUCAGCUUCUUGGGAUACUGUUCGCUCUUGUGAUAUUACCGAUUAUUGCGAUUAAGGCCGAGAGAGGCAUGUCCUCAGCCACAUCGAGAGUUCGUUUUGACAAGAUAGUGCGCCAACGAUCGUCAUCACUGUCUGUCAACGUUACAGCGAGCAUUCCUCUUGCAUUUUUAACGCUCCUUCUCGCCGUCUGUUUCUGUUUCCUGACGGACAGGACUCAAAUAUUCGACAAAGUUCGCAAGCAAUACACCGUGCUCGACUUUAGAUAUCUGAUCACUCUUGCUGUAGUCAGCUGUCUUCUUACCAUCCGAGGAUCACCUUCAUCCCUAGGCAGACGUCGGUCAGACUCUUUCCCAGGUUUAGAAGUCCAACAGGCCUUCCUCCCUCGAAGUCAAUCCGAAGAGUUCAAAGGAUGGAUGCAAAUGUACGUCCUAAUUUACGGCUAUACUGGAGCUUCUGGUGAAUUGGACUUUUAUCAAGUACUUCGUGUCUUCUUGGCACUUUACCUGUUUCUAUCUGGGUAUGGACACACAAUGUACUUCCUGCAAAAGAGGGAUUAUUCGCUGCAAAGACUGGUUACUGUCUUGCUCCGAAUGAAUACGCUCGCGGUAUUCCUCUCUUUCAUGAUGGCCAGACCUUAUACGUCGUACUACUUCCCUCCCCUCGUUAGUUUCUGGUUCGUUGUUGUUUACGCAACCCUGAGAAUAGCAAACAGUCGGAACGAGUCCUUACCCUUUAUUAUUGGAAAAGUAAUAACCUCGGCCCUAUUCACCUCGGUAUUCAUCCAUUUGAAGGGGAUUCUCGAACUCAUUUCCUUCGGUCUCGACAUCGCCUGUCGAGCGAAUUUGAAUGUAGACGAGUGGAGAUUUCAGCUUGGAACCGACAAGUAUAUCGUUUACGUUGGCAUGCUGGCUGCCAUUUUCUACAUACGGAUCUCGACCAUCUUAAACACGCCCUAUCCUCGUCAGAGCACGUUUGGUCAGACCCUGACUAGGUCUUUUCCGCUUAUCCGCUUCCUCGCUCUGUUUCUGUCUAUCAUCACCAUUCCAAUCUUCUGGAUCCUUACACGUCGAUCCCACGACAAGGCUGACUACAAUUGGUGGAUGCCGACCAUUUCUUGGCUUCCUGUGUUGUCUUUCGUGGUCCUACGAAAUGCCACCAGAUUCCUAAGGAACUACUAUUGCGCAGCUUUUUCAUGGCUUGGACGGAUAUCACUGGAGACAUAUCUCCUCUCCCAGCAUAUCUGGAUGGCUGGUGAUGGGCACGGGAUUCUUCGCAGCGGACUCUUCAAAGGCGAUGGAACGAUUAAGAAUGACCGAUGGCGAGACCUAGCGCUCCUCACACCGAUAUAUAUUUGGCUGGCCUGGAGGGUUUAUGCUGCAACUGCAACUAUCACAGCCUGGGUCAUGAUGGCUGGUGAGGAAGGAUUGCGUCCACAGGAUGCUGCGAAGGCCACUCAUGUUCGAGCGGGGAGUGCGCUCGCGUUUCUGGGUUAUGACAAUGCGCUUCCAAGCCCGAAUACGCAAGGAGACAUGAAGGCGGGGAUGGAGAAGAAGACAGGCAAGUAUGACACGCCACCGGAUUUGAGGAGGAGGCUGGUGCCCAUCGGGGUAGUGCUGUGGAUCGCCAAUCUUUUGUACAUAUGAUGUUUCGUGAUGGUCGCAGCAUUUUGAUAUUGCAUUUACCGGCGGGUUCAAGACUACGUUGGUGGUGAUUUGCUUCUUGAGGAAAUUAUGUCCUUGCGUCGCAUUGGGCUGCGUGACUCAGCGUCAGAAUAGUUAACGUGUUUUAUUUAUCUCAGCUAGCUCAGACGGCAUGCCAAGAAGAC